AGCUAAGUGUACAAGUUUUCCUAUUUUCCUAGUUUUCCUUCCUAAAAAAAUAUUGAGUUACUGACGAAAGCAACUAAUCAAGAUCGUGGAUUCAUAAUUGGUCAGUGUGUUUAUUGCAACUUCCCCUUAUAAUAAUCUUGUAUAUAUAAUAACCAAUAAAUCAAAUUUAAUAUAUGUAAUGCUCUAUUUAGAAAUGUUUCUUUGUAAACCGGUUUUGUUGAAAUGACAUCAAUGUAAACGUAUUACCCUGGAAAUUUAUUUCCUCCAGUUCAUUCAAAGACUGCUAUUCUGAGAUAAAACUUAAUUUGUUAAGAAUUAAACUGUGCUUGGACAACACGUUUUGACAUACGGUGCUAAACAAAAAAAACAAUGGCUAAUCAAGUGAAAAAAGUUACUGCCCGAGCUCCAGUUAAUAUUGCUGUAAUCAAAUACUGGGGCAAAAAUGAUGAAAAAUUGAUCACUCCUAUCAACAAUUCGAUUUCGGCCACCCUUUCCAUUGACGAUCUUUGUGCAACAACAACCAUUUCAAUUUCCCCAAUGUACCAGGCAGAUCAGUUCUGGCUCAAUGGGGAAGAACAGACAAUAAGUGAAAAUAAGAGGUUGUCUCAUUGCUUGCAAAAAUUCAGAGCCUUGAAAAGUGAGAUUAAAGACCACUUGAAGAUUGAAUCGCAUAAUAAUUUUCCUACAGCCGCUGGUUUAGCAAGUUCAGCUGCUGGGUAUGCUUGCUUGAUAUCUGCUUUGGGAUCUUUAUUUGGAAUCAGUGACAGUAAACAGCUAUCAAUAUUGGCUCGUCAAGGAUCUGGAAGUGCCUGUAGAUCAGUUUAUGGUGGUUUUGUCGAAUGGUUUGCUGGGAAUGACUCGGAAACAUCAUUUGCUGCUCAGAUAGUCGAUGAAAAUCACUGGCCAUCUUUGCGGGUCAUCAUUUUGAUUGUCAAUGACAAGGAAAAAGAUGUCCCUAGCACCAGUGCAAUGAAAAGAUCAGUUGAAACAAGUGAAUUAAUUCGUCAUAGAGCUGAAAAUGUUGUCCCAGAACGAUGUAAGAAAAUGAGAGAAGCAAUUAAGACAAAGGAUUUCGAAAAAUUCGCUGAAUUAACUAUGAAAGAUAGCAAUCAAUUUCAUGCUAUAGCUCAAGAUACUUAUCCCCCAGUUCGAUACAUGAAUGAUGUCUCUUGGUCAAUUGUAUCUCUCAUUCAUGGUUAUAAUGAUUUUGUUGGCUCAACUAAAGUUGCUUAUACUUUUGAUGCUGGACCUAAUGCAGUUCUUUUUAUGGAGGAAGAUCAAGUUGGAAAGUUUAUGAUAGCAGUUAAUCAUUUUUUUCCUAUUAACCAACUAGAUUGUUUAUUUAGAGGCCAACCGAUUCCUAAGGAAACGAUUAACCAAGGAAUGAUUGACUAUUUGUCUAAAAAGAUAAAUAUUAAGGAAGACAGCCUGAAAGGCAUAAUUUAUACAAAAAUAGGAUGUGGGCCUAAAAUUGCAGCUCAAGAGUCGAAUUAAUUCAUAAAUUUUCCAGCGGUGUGGUGUUUUUAUUCAAAUUAGACAAACCAUAUACAACAUUAUUACGUUUACUUUUUGAAUAAUUAUUAAUAAGUGCCAUAAUUACGUCAAACUUCUUCAAAUGAAAUUUCAAUUAUUUUACUGGCCAUUAAUAUGAGCAAUUAAAUUAUAGCUUCAUCAAUUUAA